AAAGCCCGAGCUCCUUCCACUGCGCCACGCUCUUUCUCAGGAUGCCACAGAGGACCGAAGGGGUCACCCUUAGCGGAUCGUUGACCACUCUGUCCCCCAUCCCCGUUGUGUCUGGAUCCCUGUGUCCCCAUCUUGGUCCCUUCUGUCUUCCCUCCACGCAGGGUGGCCUGGCUCCCUGUGCCGCUGGGCCAUGGGGGACCUGGGCCUGGGCCGGGAGUUCCACACGUGGCACCAGUUCACGUCCUUCUUUGACGACUGGUGCGAGGCGCACAAGGCCCUGUUCAUCGUCGCCAGCCUCAAGCCCCUGGUGUCCCAGCGCCAGCAUCCGCUGCCCUACCUGCCCAACCUGGCCGCCACGCUGCGCUUCCGCUUCGUCCGCCUCAUCUGCAGGCACAGCGGGACCUACGUGGGCCAGAGCACCGUGCAACGCAACAAGCUGCUCCGAGCGGGGUUCGCUGUGCCGUACCCGCCCGCCGCCCGCCACCCGCCGCCGUAUUAUGGAGCCGGCUGGCCCUCUGCCGGCCCCGGGCCUCCCAGGUGGCCUCCCCCGGCGGCCGACCCCCCUCCGCCACCGGCUCCGGCCCGUUAAGGAGGAGCCUGCGGAGCGGGGGGCCGGGGGUGGAGGGGAGCGGGAGCGAGGAGUCCGGGGGAGCGUGCUCCCCGAGAGGGCCGGCCCGUCGCACCCGGUGCCCCUGAAGGAGGAGGACGCGGGCGCCGAGUGCGAGCCGGAGGCGCGGCCGGCCCUGGUGCACCUGAUCGAUGAGCACGGCGCCUACUCCACGGCCAGGCUGGUGCCCGAGGACCCGGCCGGGGACGAGGAGGAGGCCGGCGGGGGCUUGGAGAUCCGCCGGGUGACGGUGGCGGAGAAGCCGUUCCGCUGCGGCGCCUGCGGCAAGCGGUUCAAGCGGGCCUGGGAGCUGUUCAGCCACGAGGUGGUCCACAACGAGGAGCGUCCCUUCCGCUGCCCGCUCUGCGCCGCCGCCUUCAAGCGCCACUCGGACUUCAAGAGCCACGGCCUGGUGCACACCGAGGAGAGGCCCUUCCGCUGCGAGGCCUGCGGAAAGCGCUUCAAGCGGGCCAGCAACCUCCAGGAGCACCGGCGCAUCCACACGGGCGAGCGCCCCUUCCCCUGCGCCCGCUGCCCCAAGCGCUUCAAGACCCCGUACGAGCUGCAGCGGCACGCGCCGGUCCACCGCCCGGACCGGCCCUACCCCUGCCCGGCCUGCGGCAAGGCCUUCCCCGCGCCCCACGCCCUGCUGCUCCACCAGCGCCAGCACUGCGACGACAAGCCCCACGCCUGCGGCGUCUGCGGCAAGAAGUUCACCUACGGCCACAGCCUGCGGGUGCACGAACGGGUGCACACGGGCGACCGGCCCUUCGCCUGCAAGAUCUGCGCCAAGGCCUUCAAGCAGUCCAACGCGCUGGCCUCCCACGAGCGCGUGCACACGGGCGAGCGGCCCUUCGCCUGCAAGACCUGCGGCAAGGCCUUCAAGCAGUCCAGCUACCUGGCCGUCCACGAGCGCGCGCACACGGGCGAGCGGCCCUACCCCUGCCAGGCCUGCGGCAAGGCCUUCGCCCGGCCCUCGCUGCUCCUGCAGCACCGCCGCGUCCACAGCCCCGCCCGCCCCUUCCCCUGCCGCUUCUGCCCCAAGCUCUUCGAGGACGGCGCCUGCCUGGCCGUCCACGAGAAGGUGCACGCGGGCGACGCGCCCUACAAGUGCGCCGUCUGCGCCAGGGGCUUCGCCCACCCGUCCAACCUGCUGCAGCACCAGAGGGUGCACGGGGACGGGUGA